AUGGCCGUUCUGGGAUUCAUCCUACUUGCGGCAGUCCUCGGGGUCGCGGCCAAGUGCCUGUACAACGUUUUCCUGCAUCCUCUGCGCCACUAUCCUGGUCCGAAGCUCGCCGGGGUCACUCGUGCAUAUUACCUCUUCUUCGACGUUCGAGGCGUGAGCCAUUGGAAGGUCAAGGAGUGGCAUGAGAAGUACGGCGAGGUCGUCCGCAUCGCGCCGGGCGAGCUGUCUUACACGUCCGGCCAGGCUUGGCAGGCCAUUUACGGCUUCCCAAACAAGGACGGGACGGGGAACUUUGAGAAGGACGCCCAGUGGUGGAACAAGAACGUCAACGGCGUCGAGAACAUCCUCACCGCCGACCAUGCCGGACACAAGCGCAUGCGCCGGCUGCAGAACCCGGCCUUCUCGGACAAGGCCCUCAAGGCGCAGGAGUCCGUCAUCACCGGCUACGUCAAGCUGCUCAUCCACAAGCUCCACGGGGAGGCGUCCGGGGCCGCCGACGCGGACGGCGCCGUCGUCGACAUGAACUCGUGGUACAACUUCACCACGUUCGACAUCAUCGGGGACCUCGCCUUCGGCGAGCCCUUCUACUGCCUCCGGGACGCCAGCUGGCACUGGUGGCUGCACGCCGUCUUCGACAUCUUCCAGGCCGGCACCUACCUGCGGGCCGCCCGGCGCUUCCCCUCGCCCCUGUCCGAGAUGCUGCUGCUUCUCAUCCCGCGCCGCCUGAUCAAGACCAGGGUCGCGCAGUUCAAGUUCGGCGUCGAUCGCGUGGACCGCAGACUGGAACAAGAGACGGACCGGCCUGAUUUCAUGUCAUACAUCCUCCAAGGAAGCGACGAAAAGGCCAUGACGGUCGACGAGAUGUACGCCGCGGCCCAGGUCCUCAUCGUCGCGGGCAGCGAGACGACGGCGACGGGCUUGACCGCCGCGACCUACCUCCUCUGCGAGAACCCGCACACGCUGGCGAGGCUCACGGCCGAGAUCCGCGACGCGUUCCAGGACGAGGACGGCAUCACCAUCCAGAGCACCGCCGGGCUGAGUUACCUGAACGCCGUCAUCGAGGAGGCCCUGCGGCUCGGGCCCCCCGGGCCCGGGACCUUCCCCCGCGUGGUCCCCGACGGCGGCAGGACGGUGUGCGGGAGCUUCGUCCCGGCCGGGUACUCCGUGGGCGUCCACCACCUGUCCAUCAACCGCUCGCCGGCCCACUUCCGCGAGCACGACGGGUUCCACCCGGAGAGGUGGCUCGACGACCCCAGGUUCGAGUCGGACAAGAAGGCCGCCGCCCAGCCCUUCUCGUUCGGACCGAGGAACUGCAUUGGAAAGAAUUUGGCGUAUGCCGAGAUCCGCACCAUCCUCGCCCGUGUCGUGUGGAACUUCGACAUGAAGCUGCACCCGGACAGCGCGGGCUGGCUUGGCAGGCAGAAGAUGUUCACCACGUGGCACAAGACGGAGAUGAAGGUCUACCUUUCGGCGAGGAAACGGUGA